ACUCGAAAAAAUAAAGACCAGCAUAGAAGCAGCAAGCAGCGAAAGCUAGAUACUUCACCGUGUCCGGAGCGAAUGUGUGUGUAUGUCGUAGUCGACUUGUAAGGAUUCUCGACUCAUUGCAGGCAGGGCUCAAUCCACAAAAGGAUCCAUGCAUUUAUGUUGUGAUAGUAUCUGCGUGCAAGCCGUUGGAUUCAUCCCAGUGGGGGUGCGAGGCUCACCAGUGCGUUAGCCCUGAUGACGGGAACCGCUUCCUUCAUUCGAUCGUCGAUGUCCCAGCGGACUGUUCGGUAGUAUGGCGAUCCGUGAUAGUAGUAGAAUUAAACCAGGCACCUGCAAAGGGUUCAUUGAUCGAGAAGAGGAAGAUUUUCUCGAGCAGCAUCGGACGCGUCGAGUUUUGGCAACCCCACCCAGUUCCAGCGAUCAUGGCGGAGCGAAAAAGUUGUCCCUGUUCUUUGCCAGCCUCUGUGUAAUCGAUCUCUUCGGAGUGUUCCCGAUUGUGGCACUGCCCAAAUCGAUUAUUUCAUGUGGAUUAUAUGGAAUACCGUUAGUGCUGUUUGUGAUAACGUUGCAAAUCUACACUGCCACAAUACUAGGCCGUUGUUGGACGAUCGCGGAAAAACUGGACCCUUCGAUCGUCGUCAAAAAUCGAUAUCCGUAUGCGGCGAUCGCGGAAUUCGCCUACGGCAAGCGAAUGAGUUUGUUUGUGACCAUUCUGUUGGAUAUGACCGUGUUCGGUGGUGGAAUUCCAAAUCUGCUGGUGGCCUCACAAAACCUACAGCUUCUCGGAUCCAGAGUCAGUGCGGGGAGCUUCGAGUUCUCAUUCUGCUACUGGCUGGUGUUGAUUGGAAUGUUUCUUUGUCCGAUCAUGUGGCUGGGAAGCCCUAAGAAUAUGCGAGCACUGGCCAGUGUUUCAGUCGUCGUAUGCACCAGUGUUGCCGUGUUAACGUGGUUCUCAAUUGGAGCUGACACACCUCCGAAUACCGGGAAUGACACUAGCCCGCAAACGGAUGAGUUUAUACCUUUCAAAGGAAUCGAGCUAGCGUUACCGUCCUGGAUCAAACUGCUAAAAGCUUACGGGAUAAUUGCAUUCCAGUUCGACAUUCAUCCCAUGUUACUUACGAUCCAAGUAGAUAUGGAACACAAACGAAAGAUCGGGAAAGCGGUGUUCUUGGGUUUGAUGGCCACAUGUUCGCUCUCGGCUGUUACCACCAUUCUUGCCGCCUACCGGUACGGGAUGGAUACCACAAACAACGUGCUACGAAUACUGCCCAAAAGUUGGUCACUGUACGUAACUAUUCUGUUGGUAACACUGCAACUGUGCUUGUCCAGUGCAGUUGGCAACUCGGCACUCUUUCAGCAUGUUGAGGACGUACUCGGUGCAUCUAGAGACUUCACAAUAAAACGUUGCAUCAUUCGAUCGAGUCUCGUUUGGCUGGCAGUUCUGAUAGCGGAGCUAUUGCCUCGUUUCGACGUUGUGAUGGGCAUCAUCGGAGGAACUCUAACUGGGCCACUGAUAUUCAUUCUACCGCCACUGUUCUACCAGAGAAUAUCUAACCUGGAAGCCGUAUGUUACCGUGAGAUGGAACGAAUUCAAACUCAGGAUGCGACUGAUGAUCGCGAACCACCAGCCGCAUUCGAAAGUGUUUACGGAUCUACUGGUCAAACACCGUCGGCCGUAGCAUUCCGUAGGAGAACGCAACAUCGAACAAAGUUGGCCGUGCAGUGGUCGCGUUGGGUCGAUCGGAUCAAGUUUUGGUCUCACUGCAUGCGUAGCGAUUGUAUCCUAGCGGCGUCCGUGAUCAUGUUCGGGAUCGGCGCCACGCUUAGCUCCACUUACUACAAUAUAUUCGACGUGAAGGACAUUGGAACCAGUUUCUGGAAAUCCUGUGCGGCAAAUAUUACCCUUGUCAGUGAUUUAUGAUUCGAUUUACGAUAGUAAUAGAAAUUAUAGGAUCCAAUUAUAUGGUUGUACGAAAGGAAGGGUUGAAUGGUUUUGUUUAUUUACUAUUUCACGUAUUUUAACGUAGACCUAACAGAAUUGUAAAUUACACUAAAACCAUCAUAAACACGUCACAAUAAUCGAAAGAGAAAGUAAACAGAGAAACUGUCACUUGCUCAUAUGACCAUUUGAAAAAAUCAACCGAGAUUUGAUUUCUUCUUGAGUGCCUAUAAGCAGAGUCACAACAACCAGAGCUAAUAAAAGAGUAACUAAGUGUGUUUGUAUGUUUGCCUUUCGUACGUUACUGAUGUAACAGGCGUUAUUUGUUAUAAAUUCUUAGUGUUGCAUGCGUUAUUUUUCGUAGGUUAGAGGUGUUAGGGAGCGUUACAUGCGUAUCUUUUUUUUUAGUUAUUGGCGUUAUGAAGCAUUACUUGUGUUACUUUUUGUAUGUUAUAGGUGUUACAAAGCGUUAUAUGCGUUACUUUUUUGUGAGUUAUAAGCAUUACGAAGCGUUACAUACCUUUCCUUUUUAAAUUUAAAAAUGAUGCGUUAUGAAGCGUUACAUGCAUUACUUUUUUAUAAAUUAUAGGUGUUACAAAACGUUACAUGCGUUACUUUUUUAUGGAUUAUAUGCGUUACGAAGCGUUACAUGCGUUACUUUUGAGAUUACUACGUUACUACUUUGGGAUAUAGGCGUUACGAAGCGUUACAUGCGUUACUUUUUUGUGGAUUGUAGGUUUACGAAGCGUUACAUGCGUUACUUUUUUGUGAGCUAUAGGCGUUACGAAACGUUACAUGCGUUACUUUUUUAUGGGUUAUAGGCGUUACGUUUUUGUGGGUUAUACGCAUUACAAAGCGUUAAAUGCGUUACUUUUUUAUGGGUUAUAGGCGUUACGAAGCAUUAAAUGCGUUUCGGUGUCAGGAAAGGUUGUGUGUAUUUUUUUGUACUUACUGAUGUAACAGGCGUUAUUUGUUAUAAGUUUAAGGUGUUACGAAGCAUCAUGUUUUUGUAAAUUGUAAAUGUUACAAAGCGUUAUAUGGGUAUUUUUUUGCUAAUUACGGACGUUACGAAGCAUUAAUUUUUUGUAAGUUAUUGAUGCACAUUUUAUUUUUUCAGAGGUGGUUUGAGCUUGAGCGAUUUUCUUAAUUGUAGAUUCAAAUGAAAAAUCUCAGAUUUCCAAAGGUUGCUGUUGACAUUCGCCCUUAUUCUGAAUAACGACGUAUUGAUUUUUCGAUCGAAUGUGGUUCGAUCGAAUCAUAGCUACCUUUGAUUUUGCAAGCGUUAUGAAGAAUACAAAUGAAAUACGAGCGAAAAAACGAUACGACGUUAUUCAGAAUAAGGGCGAUUUAUUCGGAUCCAAAUUUCGAUUUCGCAAAGUGGGAUCAAAGUGUUUUUUUGCUUCAAGUGAAUUAGAGUAAAAUGGGCCUCUUUUCAAAACGGAAACGAGAAAGAUGAACACUGAAAUUUUAUGAUUCAUGAAUAUCGUCGUAGAAAUAGAAACAAAUGGAGAUCUUUUUCGUAGGAAUAGAAACAAAUGGAGAUCAGUUUACACCCUAACUGCUAUCAAACCGUUUUUUAUUCGAAGCUAGUUUCAAACCUAAAUUCAAUGUCAUUUUCGAGUCACCCUGAAACUUGACGAGCAAAUCGAAGUACGUAUCGUAGAACCGUCUUAGGCCACAAUUUUUCAA